AACCUUCCCCUCGGAACCUUUCGUUCGUCGAAUCUGGGGGUUUUAUAGGCGGGAGUUUUUGCUUGCACUCAAACGUGACAACGGGAACAUCAAUACCGUUGCACCAAUGUUAUUGAGCAUAAAAAAUGAACACGAAGCAAGUCACCUGCAGGUAUUUUCUCCACGGAGUCUGCCGAGAGGGGAAUAGAUGCAUGUUCUCUCAUGACCUGACCACUAGUAAACCUUCAACCAUCUGUAAGUUCUACCAGAGAGGUGUGUGUGCCUACGGAGACCGCUGCAGGUAUGACCACAUCAAGCCGGCUGGUGGUGGUGGUGGUGGUGGUGGAGGGGGGAGAGGUCUGCCCAUGGACCUCCCUAACAGAAACCCCAUCACUGCUGGGGCCUUCAUCCCCCCUGGUGUUGCUGUCCCGGGACAUCCAGGCAACUCUGCACCCCCACCCAGGCACAAUGGAGGGAAGAAACCCCUGGUGCUGAGAGAUAGAGCCCAGGGCUGUGACAGCAGAAUGAUGCCUUAUGGUGGAGAUGGCCCAGAGGUAACCGAGGCGGAGUGUUGGGCAGAAUACCAUGAAAACGGCGCCCAUGCCAAACCUCAUUCCUACCUGGACGCCAUCAGGACCAGUCUGGAGUGUUCUGCCACGGCCAGCCCCUACCCACUCCCUGUCUCUGUCCCCUGCCCCCAGCAACAGCUCUGUCCCUCUGCUGCUGCAGGACAGUGUCACUAUGGAAACACCUGUCCCUAUCUCCAUGGUGACCUGUGUGACAUUUGCAGGCUGCAGGUGCUCCACCCACACGACCCUGAGCAGAGGAGAGCUCACGAGAAGAUGUGUAUGUUGGUGUUUGAGGCGGACAUGGAGAAGGCGUUUGCAGCGCAGCACAGCCAGGACAAGGUGUGUUCUAUCUGUAUGGAGGUGGUUUAUGAGAAAGCUGCUGCCUCUGAGAGACGCUUCGGGAUCCUCUCUUCCUGCUGCCACACAUACUGCCUCUCCUGCAUCCGCCAGUGGCGCUGCGCCAAGCAGUUUGAGAACAAGAUCAUCAAGUCAUGUCCAGAGUGCAGAGUGGUAUCUGAGUUUGUCAUCCCCAGUGUGUACUGGGUGGAGGACCAGGAUGAGAAGAACAGACUGAUAGAGGACUUCAAGUCUGGAGUCAGUAAGAAGCCGUGUAAAUACUUUGACCAGGGCCGGGGAACCUGUCCGUUUGGAGGGAAGUGUUUCUACAUGCAUGCUUACCCUGAUGGAACGCGGGCCGAGCCGGACAAACCCCGCAAGCAGCUGGGCUCUGAGGGGAACGUGAGGUUCCUGAACUCUGUGCGUCUGUGGGACUUCAUUGAGGAUCGCGAGCAGCGCAGCGUUGCCCAACCGCAAGACGAGGUCAGCGAACUGAGAGAACUCUUCAUGCAGAUGUCUGGUCCAGGAAGGGAGGAGAGCAGCGGGGUGUCUGCCCAGCCCUGAGCGCUCAACAUGGGGCCCAAACUACCCGUUACCCAGUCUAGCACUCUGACCAACGGCUCAAACUGCAAACAUACAACACUGGAGAAUAACGUGUACUCACUAGUAAGCCUUUCAUGUUGAUGGUUUGAGGCUUUUUUUAAAUUAUAUUUUUUAAUCAUGGUACAUGUGUGUGUUAAGUAGUAAAUCUGUACAUAGAGCUGUAAUGGUUCUGAUAUGCUUUAGAUGGUCAUAUAGAUCAGCCUUUCAGUCAGGCGACAUGAUAGUGGUGUUACAGGAAGGUUACGUGAGAAACAUCUAAUUAAUGCACACAAGUCUGUUUGACUCAAUUUCAUGAAAUUUUGGCGUGUUAAUUUAGACCGUUACAUUUCUGUUGUCCAGGUAGCUAGUUCUUCCUAGAAGAACUGUUUAGUGUUGAUGGAUUCUCACAGAGGUUUAGCAACUUAUCGGUAUAAAAUAAUAAUGGUGACCUUAUCCCAUAUCUGUAGUAAGACAAUAAAGCAGACAUCUACUGUUGAAACUGCCUGGGGUGACGAACCUAUAGCAGGGAGUCUGUCUGGUGUCUAGAUAUUAUGCUACAGUGCUUCAUGUAUAUUCUAUGGUAAAUCAUUCAUUACUAUGUUGGCUUCUAAUGUAUUUAUCCAAUAGGAGUCCAUUCAUUGAAUAAAUCAAAUGUUUGACAGCGCUGUAGUGUUUUAUAACCUAUGGUUUAAUGAAUGGAAUAACUUUGAUAAGGCCUGACAUAGAACUUCACAACCAUGGUGUGUGUUCUGUUUCAGUUCAUUCAGUCUAUAUAUUUGGCUUUGUUUAUUCAUUGUAUUUUAAUAAAAUAAUCUUUCAGGUUUA